GGCGGAAACGUACGAAGUGGGUUCGUACGAGGUAAAGUGCAAACACGACUGGCAGUGCGAACGGUACGGACGGCACGGACAGUACGAGCGAGUGUAACGAGGGAGCGUGACCGCUGCGGUCUAUCCGAUCUUGUUGAAUUUUUGCUCAGCUGUCACUCGGAUCGUCCUACUCUCUCCCUCUCGCUCUCUCGACUGUGAAAGCGUGGUUCGUGGUUCGUGGUUCGUGAGUGACGCGCCUACCAGGAUCACGUCUUCUCUAUCUGUCUCGAACGUUUUUCUUUUCCGCUUGUUCGCGUCUUCCUUUCAAUUUUUCUUUGUCUCUCUCUCGGAUUCGUAACCGUACGCUCGAUAAUACCGUGUGUUCUCUUACGUGGACGACAACGUCGAAACGAGGACGUCGUCGGCUGACGACGCACUCUCUUUGUUGACGUUUUGUUGUCGAUCGACCGUAUCGUGUGUGUGCCACCAGUUGCGUGUUGCAUAACUACGAUUUUACGACGGCUGGCUCCUUUCGUCAGGUUCAACAAUCGACGCAGCAUCUUUUUGCCGGCAAAAUUGAACUUGUCUACAUCAACGAUCUACUCGACGACACUGAGGCCACGUUCGAGCGAUACGCGCACAUGAUACGGGCGUGAUCGAAAAGCGAGAUAAAAGAAUCUGGAUUCGAUCGUCUGGAUCUCGAAUCCUUUCGAAGGGUUCCUUAACGAAUGGAAAGAGGCGAAACGAAGGAUGAGUAGGAGGAGCAGGACGAGGGGCGGAUGGUCGGUAAAGUUCACGGAAACUUGAACGAGAGGAGGUGAAUCACGCGUGGAGGAAUUGUUCGAAAAUGGCGGCGGGAACGUGUCAAUUGGCCUGAAGAGAAAUUCAGAGAGACGCAAGGAUGGUGCUGGUGGUGAACGGGGUCCUGCAGGAGGACAUUCCGACGGACAGCAGGUCCUUGUACGCGGCUCAUCCGAUAUAUCGUGAGACCGCUGCCCAACUUCACUCGAUGCCAGCCAAGUUGGUCGGCCCGAUGGGUCUUCUUUACGUCCAACAACGAGAAAUGGCCGCUACCUUGCCACACGACAAAAAUGUAAGCAUAAUCGGCUCAGACGAUAUGACAACCUGCAUAAUCGUUGUAGUGAAGCAUUCCGGUUCGGGGGCUGCGGCAUUUGCUCAUCUGGACGGGGCUGGAACAGAGGAAGCCGCCGCGGCGAUGGUCCAAAGGGUAACCGAGUUAGCUCUUGGAUACCCAGAGGGUCGUCUGGAGCUUCAACUCGUCGGUGGUUAUUCCGAUCCGAGGAACUAUUCCGAAGAACUCUUCUGCAAUAUUCUCUCUGCCUUUCACAAGCAACCGGUGGAGAUCGACCUGACCCUUUGUUGCGUGGGUGAGCUGAACACCACCGUAAGAGGUGGUAUCCAUUGGCCAGUGAUCUACGGCAUCGGGUUGAACGUAAAAACGGGGGAAAUUUUUCCGGCUACCUUCCCCGAUAAAGGUCCUGAUCAGGCGCUAAGAGGCGCCAGACAAUUGACUGGUGGUCAACAGGUCUUGGACGUUUACGACUGCACCCUCGGACUGCUCAGAAUCGGUCCGUUCAACUACGAUCCUCUCCGAGGAGUCGAUCUUUGGUUAGCCCAAUCCGAUCAAUUUAUCCUGCAGCACCUCUCGACCUCCCCAGAGGUGGAACCUCCGCAUUUUGUGUCGCAGGUUCGGGCGACGCUCAAGUACAUACAGGACAAUCAAUUUCCGGCCGUCACCGUCUUCCGAGAUAACAGACCUCAUUACUAUCGUCGAGACGAAGCCACCGGUGUUUGGCAGCCUAUAAGAUACUAAAUAAUGCAUUUCGGCUGUCCUUUCGCUUGUGGACUGGCGUAAAGAGGAAAGACAAAAGCAGUUUGCGAAAUUCCCCUGGUGAUAGAAAAUCCAAAAAUAGAAUCGCGAGCCGACGAAGAAUCACCGUAAUAAAGCGGACGUACCACGGUUCCGCGCAUGUCUCGCAUUUUAUCUUAUCCACCAUUGCUCGUGAAGCGUCUUUUUCGGAUCACGUAUUUAUUAUUCCCGAAGCGUGGAUACUACUAUCGCACGAAGCGAUUCACGCACAAUCUAUCGUGUCUACGAAUUCUUCGCCAAACUUUCGUUCUGUUUCGGUGAGCAAAGGUGUUUCGUCAUGUUCCAAGUCGUUGUUGUUUCAUUUAACGAUAAGAGGAACAACGACGAGAACAUAUGCCUUUGUCGAUUCGCGAUUGUCUGAAAACAACGAAAAGAAACGCGUUCGAACCAUCGUCGUUAGAGUAAUAGUAUCUGCGAACGAUCAAUAUUAGGAACGGUAAUUUAAGGGUUAGCAAUCGGCGGUUGUUGAGUUUCAUUUACUUUAUUAUAUUUUCUGACUCUACUUCCUUUUCGUCUCUCUUUUAACAUAUUUUUUACUACUACGUACGCGAGCUGCGAUUGCAAGAGUCUUAUUGUCUCGACUUACUACACGUCUCGAGUUAAUUGUGUAUUCUUAUCGUUGAAUAUUCACUUUGUCGUGAUGUUCUUAACGCGUUCGCGAAUGUCAUUUUUGUCAAUGUAUAUAACGCGGGGUUUGUUUUUACUUUGAAAGGAAUAGUUUGCAGAGUACUCGCCGCAGCUCGUUCGAAAGUAUAUAUUUUAUGUGAAUCGUUAUUGAUCCUCGAUACGUUUCCUUCGAGAUCAAGAUUUGUUUCAAACGAUGAGUAAGUCAUCCGUAAAACUGCGAUAUUAUGUGUCUUUUGUUUCUUUCUUCUUCUCCUAGUUGGAUUAGGGAAGUUCGCGCAGCAACGAACAUUCCGUACUUGCCAUAAAAGAAAGGAAAGUUAGAGAAAUUAGGGAGCGAUGUAAAUAAUUAUUUCAAGAUCACACGCGAAUCUUGCGGGGAAAAGAGAGGAAGCUUCUUCUGUUACAUCGGAGUGUUUCCAAGAAGCAUGAAGCGCCCUUUUCAUUUCAAUGUAAAAUGGAAUUCGAGCUUUCUAUUGUCUCCGUGUAACUCUGUUACGAGAACGCUUUGGUAGAAGCGACUUUAAUCGAAAUAUACAUAAUGUUGAGGAAAAGAAAUAAAUGAAGAAAUUGGGCUGUUUCUAACCUAUAGAAGACAGUACAUUGUCGUGCAAAGGAAGUAAAACAUUCAUCAUUUUACAUUGUUCUAGCGAUAUACGAACUAGCUAAAGUCAAUUUAAUCUAUAGUAAUAUCUUCUAGAAAUCGAAGAGGUAUAUAUAUUGUUGUUUUUAUUAUUAUAAACGGAUCGCGCAUCGCGAGCUUUUUAAAUACAAGUACGGUGUACAGAAAAGAGUGAAAAUUACAUUAAGGUGAAUAUUGGUAUUGGAUAGCUUUUCGUAUAUCGGUAUGGAAUAAUGGUAAAGAGUAUAUAUAUAUAUAUACUGUGUUAUAUAAGUAGCGAAAAGCAUCCAUGACGAUCGUAAUGACAACGAUGACGUUAUCGAUAGUCUCUUUGUUGACGCCGAUGGCGAUAAGGUAGGAAAGUUUAUAAACCCUGAAUAGGAAAACUGUUGCAAUGACAGAUUAUCGCGAUCUUUAAUAUUUUCUUCAAGAGUGUACCAUACACCACGUUCGUACUUACAUUACGAGAAUUUUUCAGAGUGAUAACGAUGCAGUUAAAAAUCUUUCAACUUUAUACCUUGCGUCUCGGUUUGUUUUCUCUUCUUGUCACGCUUUUACGUUCGAUCUCUUUCGCUCUGUUUUUUUUUUUUUUUUUGUUACGCGGAAACGAUCUUUUCACAACAUUAUUUGGUGAUAUAUAUAUUUAUGCAAUAAACGAUAGAUCGAAAAACUUUCGUAGCACUUUUUUGAUUGGUUCGACGAAGAAAUAAAUCUUAUUUUUGCCGUGAGUGCAUGUUCCGUGUUCGUUUCGAAAUUCCAUUGUUGUUCCUCAAAGGCAAACUAUGUUCAGCCCGACUAUUUGAACUUUGAGAUGAAUAUGUAUAUCGUUAAAAUUUGAGUAUAUCAUAGUUUGCCACAGAGAUACAGGUUAUGCGGUAGCAAUAAAAGAAAAUAUUCCA